CUCGGCAGCCGUCCCUGCUGUGCGGUGGCCUCCCGCCUCGCUUAGGCUUCCCUGCUGCCGCAGGCGUCGCGCACACCCCUGCUGCCCCAGACGGGCCGGGGAGCGGAGGCGGUCGCACCCUUCCUUCCGCCCUCCUAGGAAAUCUCUACACCUCCUCUCCGACUCUUCAGGGAAACUACCCCUCACCACUUUUCCCGGCACCAGGAAGCCCUGAACCCCUGAAUUCCAUUUUCAGGGCCCGCUUUCCGGGCCCGUGACCUUUCUUUUUUUUAUCUACUCUGAGGUAACUCGGUCGGAUCCCUCCAUCCCCAUUUCUUUCACGUUCCUGUCGCGUCCUGGUCGGGGGUAUCUCCCUCCUCCGAGAGGGAAGCAUGGGAGCAGCAAGGGGCCCGGCGCCUCGGGAGGCGCAGACUGGAAGACAAGCCCCCCUCCCUCAUUCCUCAGCUUCUGUGUAAUCCGCUGCCCUUCUGGAAACUGGGCAGGGGUUGUGGCUGGAUGCCGGUGUCCCUGACUUGUCUUCAGCUUACCGUGCAGAAGUAAUAUGUUCCCAGCAUUGGAAGCAGAGCUAAAGCAGGAGGUCGGUACACCCCCCUCUCCAGGAACUCCACAGAAAUCCAAUACUACUAGAUCAGAAGACUCUUCCUGAUCCCUAUGAAGACUUUAUGUACCAUCAUCUUCAAUACUAUGGCUAUUUUAAAGCUCAGAGAGGCAGUUUACCAAACUCAGCCACGCAUCAGCAUGUUUGGAAGAAUAAUCCUCGCUACCUGGUGAGUGGCUCUUUUGGGGAAAGAGAGGAUGUGAUACCAGACCCUCUGCAAAAGGAGAAGCUACUAUGGCCCACUUGUCUACCUUCCACGGUGCACAGACAGAUAGAGGCUGUGAGCAGAGAUUCCCUCAUGCUUGGUUCACCACUUAAGAGCAGACAACUUCUUCAUGAUGAGUUUGGAGAAGUAAAGCCAUGUCUUCGAGAACCACGAGAUCUCUUUGCCUUCUUCUCCAGCAGUGGGCCACUGCAGGCUCCAAGGUGGCCAAUAGAAUGUGAGGUCAUCAAGGAAAGCCUUUGUCAUAUCGAGUGGGUUCCACCUCAACCAGAAUAUUUCUAUCAACCUACAGGAAAUGAAAAAUUACCAGAAAUUGUAGGAGAAGAAAAAGGCACAGUUGUCUAUCAAUUAGAUUCAGUGCCCACCGAAGGUUCCUAUUUCACUAGUGCCAGAGUGGGAGGCAAGCGAGGGAUUAUCAGGGAUCUUGCCGUCACACUGCAGGGACCCGAGGAUAAUACUCUCCUGUUUGAGUCAAGGUUUGAGAGCGGGAAUCUGCAAAAAGCCGUCAGAGUAGAUACCUAUGAGUAUGAACUCACCUUGCGAACUGACCUCUACACAAACAAACACACUCAGUGGUUUUAUUUUCGGGUUCAAAACACUAGAAAAGAUGUGACCUACCGCUUCACCAUUGUCAACUUGCUAAAACCCAAGAGCCUUUAUACUAUAGGGAUGAAGCCACUCAUGUACUCCCAGCUGGAUGCCGACACCCACAACAUUGGCUGGAGGAGAGAAGGAAAGGAAAUCAGGUACUUCAAGAACAACACGGAGGAUGGGCAGCAGCCCUUUUACUGUCUUACGUGGACCAUCCAGUUUCCGCAUGACCAGGACACUUGCUUCUUUGCUCACUUCUACCCAUAUACGUACACUGACUUGCAGUGCUACCUGCUGUCUGUGGCGAAUAACCCUGUCCAGUCUCAGUUCUGCAAACUCCGAACAUUAUGCAGGAGCCUCGCAGGAAAUACCGUCUACCUGCUCACCAUCACCAACCCAUCCCGGACCCCGCAAGAGGCAGCUGCAAAGAAAGCUGUGGUCUUGAGCGCCCGAGUCCACCCUGGAGAAAGUAAUGGCUCGUGGAUCAUGAAGGGCUUUUUGGACUUCAUCCUUAGCAACUCCCCAGAUGCCCAGCUCCUCAGAGAUAUCUUUAUCUUCAAAGUGGUUCCUAUGCUAAAUCCAGAUGGAGUGAUUGUAGGGAAUUACCGGUGUUCGCUGGCAGGGAGGGACUUAAACAGGCAUUAUAAAACCAUUCUGAAGGAGUCCUUUCCUUGCAUCUGGUACACCAGGAACAUGAUCAAAAGACUUCUGGAAGAAAGGGAGGUUCUCUUGUAUUGUGAUUUCCAUGGCCACAGCCGCAAGAAUAAUAUCUUCUUGUAUGGCUGUAAUAGCAACGAUCGCAAAUACUGGCUUCAUGAGCGUGUCUUUCCUUUAAUGCUAAGCAAAAAUGCACCAGAUAAGUUCUCUUUUCAGAGUUGUAACUUUAAGGUGCAGAAGUGCAAGGAAGGCACAGGCCGAGUCGUGAUGUGGCGCAUGGGCAUCCUCAACAGCUACACCAUGGAGUCCACCUUUGGGGGGUCCACCCUGGGCAAUAAAAGAGAUACUCACUUUACCACUGAGGAUCUAAAGUCUCUAGGUUACCAUGUUUGUGACACCCUUCUAGAUUUCUGUGAUCCUGACCGAACCAAGUUUAUGCAGUGUUUGGCAGAGCUUAAAGAGCUCUUACAACAGGAGAUCCAUAAGAAAUUCAAUGAACUUGGACAAGAUAUGGAUUUAGAAGGAAGUUGGAGCGACAUCUCUCUGUCUGACAUUGAAUCCAGCACCAGUGGUUCUGACAGUUCCCUCUCGGACGGUCUCCCUGUUCAUCUACUGAACAUAGCACAUGAGGUGAAUGAAAAAAAGAAGAUGUAUAAGAAGAAAAAAAAGAAGCCACUUCAGACGAGGAAACAGCGAAAUGAACAGUAUCAGAAAAAUAAUUUGAUGAGGGAGUUAAAGUUAACAGAAGAUACCCCGGAAAGGGCAGGGUUUGCUUCUACUCUGCAAAAGCAGCCUACCUUUUUCAGAAAUUCAGAGAAUGCCAGUUCUUCCGUGAUGCGAAAUGAAAAACCAAGGUUGAAUGAGCUACAUGGGAGAGACAAAGGCAGCUCCCUGGACCCAUCGAAAAUGACCUCCUUGAUUCUGACGAAGAAUAAAGAGAGGAUGCAGACAGAGAAGCCAGGAUUCACAGUGUCGUGCUCUCCAAAGAGAAGCACAAAUCCCAGCCAAGAGCCAGUUCCAGAUAUGAAGCCAAGCUGGUCCAGGAACAGAUAUCCUGCCACAGAGAGGGGCCGCGCCGCCAUGACAGUGUACCCAUCCUUGCACAUAUACACAUACCCAUAGCUGCCACGUUUUGGGUGAGACACGUUCUGUAAUGAGGGGAGUUGUAUGACUGGGAGCUACGUUCACUUGCAGUAUACUGUGUGGCGUGUUCAUUGUGCACUGACCUUACACUGUGCGCUUGCGUUGCCUGCGUGCCCUCCUGAUACAUACCUCAUGCAUUAGAUUACUUUUCUCAUAAAGUAAAAUUUUAUUAUGAUGUUGAGAAAAGCUUCCUUUGUCAGAAAUUGAAGUGUGUGCUCAUGAACCUACAGCCCAGAUAUACCUCACUUUAACCAAUAGACAUUCUCUCUAAAAUUAUGCGCAAAUCAAUUUUAAGAGCUCAGAUUCUAUUUUAAACAUAUUCUGGGAGUGUGCUUUGUUAAAAAAAAAAAAAGUGUUGCAUCAAAGCUUUUUAGCACUGAAUGGUCAGUAGUGAUUUCUCAGGUUUGCUCCUGCUGAGGUGUUACCACACAGAGAAAACAAUUCAUGUAUUAGCCUGAGUUUAGUAUAACAUAUAUUAUGUUCAACACAGUUACGUACAUUUUCUAGCUCACUGAUUAAAAUUCUUUCUCU